AUGGACGAAAUGUCGACCAGCGACUCCGACAGCGAUUUCGGCCAUUUCGGCCGCAUGCAAGAAGCUGAGCUCGCAAACCCGGCUAACCACUUCGCGUUCGACCCGUUGGCAAGUUCGUCGGAAGAAGAAUCGCACGACAGCACCGACAACUCUUUGCAAGGAGCCUUGCGAAUAGGGAACGUUGAAUGGUGCCAGUGUGGAAGCUGUCAAGCAAUGGAGACAGAAGUUGAAUCCUUAUGCUGCCAUGAAAUUCAGAAAGUGCACGCUCUUAUGCCAGAAAAUGAGCAGUGCAUUACUGCCCAUCAAACUUUCCAGCGGGGAUGCUUGGACGUCAAUGUCCUGCAAAUAGCCUAUUAUGCACUCAUGGAGGAUCGUCCAGGCAUCGUUGCAGCCCCAGAAAUUCACAGGCGUUACAGGUACACUGCGUACCGACAGUUUGUGCGAUGGGUGUGGCACCGUCUCGGCCGAAGGAAAAGAACAGUGCUACCAAGCUGUGUUGUAGCAGCAGUGCGGGACGCUUUCCCUUCCGAAAGCUACACUGGCUUCAAGUACCCUGAAUAUUAA